AUGUAUUCUGUGUUUUUUACAGUAUUGUCGCAGUCAUUUCGUGGUGUUCCCGUAGAUACUGUGGUUUUGGAAGGAAAUGAGGUAUUGUUGAAUUGUAGUUUUAAUGAUUUUGAAAGCACCGCUACAGUCGCAUGGAACAGAGGGCAAUUAUCAUUGUACCUGGGUAACAAAGCAGGCAAGGUUUACGCUGAUCCUGAUUUUGAUGAUUGUUGCGAGAUUGUCGGUAAUACGCAAAACUAUGACUUUAUGUUAAAGAUAAGAAAUGCUAACUUUGAUGAUAUGGCGAUAUGGAAAUGUUCCUACUCUGAAACAAUCAUUCUGGAAGAAGAAGCUAAAAUAACAGUUUUGGAAGGUCCACCUACCUGUGAAGUGAGCGGUGCUGGUCCAGAAAAUGAAGUGGUUGAAGGUCGUAGUGAUGCAACAAUCCUUGUAUAUACAGAGAAGGCUUGA